UAUGUCUUCAAAUAUAGAGCUAGUUCCAUUUUAUUCCUCAUUACUUCGUACAAUUUAAAGCAUGUACCAAUAGAAAUUGAUUACAGCAGAGGAAAGAAGUGAAUUGAAGAAUUUUGUUGUUUCUCAUGAUUCGAAAGAUUUAGGGCAAUUAUUUAAAUCUUACGAGAAAGGAUAGUUGGAGUAAUUUAUUUUAGAAAAUUACAUAAAUCCAAGAAAUAAUGAGUAAUAGAUGGAAGAUGAGGAUGAUUCAUGUUAUUCUAUAUCUGAAAUUGAAUGUUAAAAAAGUACAUUAAGUUGCACUCCUAAUUAAUUUGUAUGGUAAUUGAAACAAUCCAAAUAAACUAAGUAAGAAAAGGAAGGUCAUCGAAAAAGAUCGAAUUCAUUUACCACAUUCAAAUAGUUAUGACAAUAGAAAGAUGGAC